UGGACACUGACUUCGGAGCAGCAGCUACCAGCUAUGGCUUCAGCGCUUCUUUCCGUGGCCCAAUGAUUUUCGAGAAUGUAGGCACUGGGUCAGUGUGAUUACGAUGGAACUGGCUCCUUCGACUCCCGAGUCUUUCACUAGCAAUUUCAGGAAGAAGAUUCCUCUCCCUCUGGGCCAACUAGUGGAGGAAACCAGGAGAGGGACCAGUGUGCCACACCACCUUCUUGAAAGCAAGAUUUAUACCAAACUUCAGAGCAACAGCAUUAUCCAGGUGCAUCCUUCAGUGGUGCAUUUCAGUGGCUUUCAGCUGGGGAAAGUGUACCAGCAAGUUCUGAAACUCAUCAACAUUUCUUCUGAGGUCAUAAACAUCCAUAUUCUUCCCACACAAACCAAGUAUUUCAAAACCAAAUACACAAAAAAGUUUCGUCUGGUUCCAGGACUCUGUUAUACAGUAACGGUGCUCUUCUACCCUGAUGAAUGGCGAUACUUUUAUGACUGCAUUUGGGUCCACUGCCAGGAUGAUGAGAACCUGUUCGUCCCUGUCCACGCUUACCCUGUUAUCACUGACCUGCAUAUCCCAGCACACAUCAGCCUGUCCCCCAGUGCACUGGGCCAGAGUGUUAGCCGGUCAAUCACCUUAAAGUGCAGUUGCUCCGUUGACUUUGAGUUCCAGGUGCACUUCGUCCAGCCACACAGAGCCUUCUCUGUCCAGCCCCUCUCAGGAGUCAUUCCAGCCAAUGGAAGAGUGGAGGUUCUUGUCACAUUUACUCCACUUGAGUAUGGAACUAUGCAGACCACCCUGCAGGUGAUCAUCUCCCAGUUCAACUCUAAACCCUACAUGUGCACCAUCACUGGGAGCUGCUCUCCUCACCAGGUCAUCAGGCAGCAAGGAAAAGAAGCAGAGGAAGGAUUGCUACUGCAAAAGGAGAUCUUGGACCCCCAGUCUCUUUCUAUGGUGCAUCUCUGUAGGAUCAGGAAAAAACUAAGGCUGAAAACAACUCUUGACAGGUCAGAGGAAUCAAGGGUGUGGAGCAGAAAGGCUGUCGUGGAUGUGUCCACCCCUGCUGCCCUUGCCAAGGUGCUCAUGCGGAACACAGACAAGAUGAGCUACAAACCCACUGGUGAAGUCAUGCCACAAACCGAAAUGGAGUUCCAGACCAGGCAGGCAAAAGAAGCUUUAUUUGAAAGCAGGGUGUCUCAAGAUGUCCAGGAGGAGAGAUCAAAUCAUCUAAGAUGGCAAGUUCGCCUUGGGAAGGACCCUGUCUCUGCACAGACCAGGAAGAACAUUUUGGAGGAAAGAGAGAAGGCGAAUCAUGAAUAUAAGAUUAAAAAAGGAAAUGAUCAAGAUGAAGACUUAAGUAGGACUGAGCCCAGGAUGUCUACGGGACGUGUUCUGCGCAGUAUAAACCAGCUGCCCAGUUGUGUCCCACAGUUCCACAUGUACUACAACCACUCCUUGGAAAUUGGGCGCAGGGUGUUUCUCCUCUUCCAGCAGUCAGCACGCAAGGUUCUAAUCCGCUGCCGAAUGAACCACAGGCUUAUGACUUUGAGACCAUUGAUCCAGAAUAUGAAGAAGUUGUCCAGACUGAAGGGCUCUGCAGAGGGACCUGCGUGUGUCUCUAGGACCAAAGACUCGGAUGCUCCUCAGGAUAUAUCGGCUCUUCUGAAACUGUCUCGAGAUGAUGUUCUGCCCUUCACUUACCCCAUUUUUACUUCCAGCAGUCAGGAAGAUGAAUUUAACCCUGCUGCUUUCGGUCCAGUUCUUGUGAAGCCCACUGAAGUGCAGAUCAAGCCCAAUAUUCCUUUCUUCAAACUGAAGGUACCCCAACAAUACAAGCUCAAGGGCUAUAAACCUGUCUCUGCCUUUGAGGCUUCAACAAGCUAUAUCCACCAUGCUCUGGCCAGACCACUUAGAAAUGGAGCCCAGGAUGAGAUUUUGGCUAUGAUGAUCAGGCCAUCAUCUGAGUGUGACCCAGCAGAACAAGAGAAACAAGAGUCUCCAUGGGAGGAGUUACUUGGUCUGACGUUCAAGGCACCCCCUGGCCUGUUCAGAGCUCCAAAUACACACCCUCUCAGGAUUUUUAACCCUGCUCCUGGUCUGCUUUCCUACAAGUCGCCACUUCCCUACCUAGAGUGUGACCUGGAUUUCCACCUUUGCCCGCUUCCGAAGUAUGCUGCUGCCAAGGGAAAAGCUGCUUGGGUGCAUACAUCUGACACGCAGAAGAAAUUCUUGGACCGUAAGGAGGUGAUCCGGUGUUUAAUGACCUGGAAGAAGUUCCAGUCACCAGUUUUGUCUACUUUGUCCACCACCUCAACUUUGACCAAGCUCCUCGUCCCACGCAUGUCUGACCCCUUUAAUGAUGAUCUGCUUCCGGCUUCAGCGCCUCCUGCUCUCAACUGCCUCCCCGUGGAGCUUAAGGAAGAUCUGCUUGAUGGGCCGUCUGAGAACUGCACCAUGGCUCUUACGCUGGAAAUGAUAAAGGCUGAGUUUCCCCAGAUAGAAAUAUCCCUGCCGAGUGAAAGGGAACUGAGGCCUUACUACGUGGACCGACAGUGUCAGGCUUCAAAACUGGGGACCAGUGUGCAGGCAGCGCUGAGCACCCUCAAGGCUUUGGUCAAGACAGACUUCACAUAUGAAUGAUCUUCCACAAGAAGGUGGUACUUUAUUGUUGCCCCAGCACAUCAGAUUUGGAAUAUCAAACAUGUUUU